AUGGAGGACGCAGAGGCGCGCCGCUCUCGCCUGCGCAGCAUGCGCGAGUCCGCGGCGAAGCAGCAGGCGGCGUCCCCCGGCGCGCCCACGCCUUCCGCCGCCCUCUCCGCACUCCCCUCCCCCGACUUCUCUCCGCCGCUUAUCCGUACGCAUCUGCGCGUGCGCCAUCCGGGGAAGGCGGACCUGGGGGAGGUAGAUAUGCUAGACGGCCAGCAGGAGCAGCCACCACAGGCUCGGGGAAUUUCUCAUAGGCCUCAUCAUUUCCCUCGCAGCAUCCGGACUCAAGCAGACGCCAUCACUGCAUGUGACAUGCUGCGCGCUGCAGGGCCCAGGAAGGUGGUGAUCACGAGCAUGGAGGUGGAUGGCCAGUUGCUGGUGGUGGGUAGCGACGCCAGCAGCCCUGCUGUAGAGCAGGUGGGUGCAGCAGAGCAGGUGAGUGGUGCAGCAGAGCAGGUGAGUGGUGCGGCAGAGCAGGUGAGUGGUGCGGCAGAGCAGGUGAGUGGUGCGGCAGAGCAGGUGAGUGGUGCGGCAGAGCAGGUGAGUGGUGCAGCAGAGCAGGUGAGUGGUGCGGCAGAGCAGGUGAGUGGUGCAGCAGAGCAGGUGAGUGGUGCAGCAGAGCAGGUGAGUGGUGCAGCAGAGCAGGUGAGUGGUGCGGCAGAGCAGGUGAGUGGUGCAGCAGAGCAGGUGAGUGGUGCAGCAGAGCAGGUGAGUGGUGCAGCAGAGCAGGUGAGUGGUGCAGCAGAGCAGGUGAGUGGUGCAGCAGAGCAGGUGAGUGGUGCAGCAGAGCAGGUGAGUGGUGCGGCAGAGCAGGUGAGUGGUGCAGCAGAGCAGGUGAGUGGUGCAGCAGAGCAGGUGAGUGGUGCAGCAGAGCAGGUGAGUGGUGCAGCAGAGCAGGUGAGUGGUGCAGCAGAGCAGGUGAGUGGUGCAGCAGAGCAGGUGAGUGGUGCAGCAGAGCAGGUGAGUGGUGCAGCAGAGCAGGUGAGUGGUGCAGCAGAGCAGGUGAGUGGUGCAGCAGAGCAGGUGAGUGGUGCAGCAGAGCAGGUGAGUGGUGCAGCAGAGCAGGGCACGGGGUGUGUGGGUGCUGGACUCGCUGCUGAUAGCCUGGUGCUGGUGGUGGGGCGUGACGCCAGUAGCCCUGCUGUAGAGCACAUGGGUGAGGUGACAGGGCAUGGGGCGUGCCAGUGUGGUGGUCGAGGUGUGCUUUGA